AAUUUUGUACCACAUUUCAAGACAUAGCCAAAAUGUAUAUCUAAUAGUUUCACCUCAUCAUUUCUUUAUUACACAGUCGAUGCACAUGUUGCUACUGUGGUAAAAUGUCAUUGUUUCACUACACGACUUCAGGCCUUAAAUACCAUCUCAACACCCAGCAUGAGUCGUCAAAUGGAUUUCAAAGACCUAAAGACCAAUUAAUACUGUUGAGGACAAGGCCCUCAUGUUUUGAAAGCAACUUUCAACAAUGUGUGUUCUACUCCCUACUUAUUUUUCUUGACAUUUUUCCUUGACGAACACAAUAAUGCUUUCAUUUUGACAGCUCUACAUAAAUACACGUGAACAUGAAUAAAAGAUCCAUUUUAAAUGCAAAGUAACAUCAUACAACAACAACACAACAUCAUUAAACACACAUUUCUGCUUCAUAUACAGUUGGUGAUCACAGCUCAUUUUCCGGCAUUUUGAAAUAUAAACCGUCACAUUUUUUGUUGACUCAUCCUUUGUCAAGAUUCGCCUCCAAACCAUUUCCUUCUUCUUUUUUCUUCGUCAUCUGUGACGUUACAGUGUCAUUUCAUCAGAAUGUAAAUAAAUUAUCAGUGAACGUCAGUCUCCUAAAUAGAUUCUUCUGCUGCCCCCUGUUGGCCACAUAGGUGACAUUAAACGGGUUUUUAUACCCAGACCGUACAUCUGGGUGCAGUCUAAUGUUUCUGACAAAUGUAUUUUUUCCAAAUGCCUCAUCAGCAGAAAGUAGAGAGUGUUUUCCACUGAUCUUAUAAAACACUACAGUAAAUAUGCGAGAGUAGCAGGUAUUUUAGAGCUGAGGACGCGCGUCCUGUGUGCCUUUACGCACGUCCUUUAGCCCCGCCCACCUCAUUAGUGACGCUUCCACCCUGCUCACGGAGCCAGUGGUUCACUUUGAAGUGAGUGUGUGGUGUGAUCAGUGAGCUGUUGAAGUCCGGACAGAAGACACGCACUGCAGGGACAUCCGCUGCCGAACAUUCCGGACUCUGUUUCGCAUCUUACAGACUGUUCUUACCCGCUGCUCUCACGCCGUGGAUUUUUAUUUUCCUCCUUGUUUAUUGGUUUAAAUAUUUUUUCUUAUAAAAAGAAUAAUAAAAAAAAUGGGAGAGACUUUAAUGCAGCGGAACUGAGAGGCUUCUUCAUCCUGCGGGACAUUUAAGGACACCCCGCUGUUGUUUGGUACCUGCAUGGAUUACAACAGAAACACUAGCACAACAUUUUGGAACAAGUUAACGCACCACCACGCACUCAGAGCGCUGCGCCUUCUUCUCUCCAAUGAAAUAUCUCCCCUCGGGCUCAGCUGUUGAUCGUGUCAGAGAGCGGAUUGUGUCGAGUGCGAUUCCAGACAGUAAAAACCCCGGUCCCGGACCCCUGGUCUCUGUGUUGACCCCUCUGGACCCACUUCGUCAGGCAAAGCGUCUCCCUAUCCGAGUCAUCAAGAUGUUGACUGCGCACACUGGACACUUGCUGCACCCGGAAUAUUUACAGCCCCUGACGUCCUCCCCAGUCAGCAUCGAGCUGGAUGCUAAGAAGAGCCCUCUGGCCCUGCUGGCGCAGACCUGUUCUCAGAUUGGUAAACCAGACACUCCAUCUUCGUCCAAGCUUAGCUCCAGCCAGGGGGACAAGGAGUCCAGCAGUCGGUCAUCCAUCUCCAUCCUGAAGCUGGGGGAGCACCGUCCCUCUCUGGAGGAUAAAUCCAGCUUCAAACCCUACAACAAAGGCAGCGGGGACAGUCGUAAAGACGGAGUCACCAGCAGCAGUGAUAAAGUCGGCUUCAGAGUGCCCAGCAAUAAUGCUACCACUAAUGGAAGUUCUAGCAGUGGUCAGCAGUCCUACCCGCCCCACCCUGCCUCCCCCAGCACCAGAGCCAACAGUGGCUCCCCACCGGGGCACACUCAGCACCAGCAGCCGGCGAGCCACAAACAGAGCCAGUCGCCGAGCGGGCAGCCCACGUCACACUGCCAGACUCCCAGUGGAGAAGCUGCUCAUGAGCGGGGCAGUCCCACCAGCACCAGCAGCAGCAGCAAAAAAGAUGCUGAUGUGAACAAGGGCACCUCAGAAAGUCCUCACCACGCAGCAAACUCCAGCCAUGUCCGAGCCAGUACAAACUGCAGCAACGGCAGCUCUGACAGUGGGUCCAACCAUGAGGGUGGGAAAGGAGAGGCCGCCCAACCCAGCCUCCUCUCCGGACACAUUACUCCCAUUUCCCCUUACAAGACAAGCCAACCACUCUUUUCCCUGCCAUCGUCCAACAUGGGCUAUCACGGAUCUGUGGUGGGGGGCUACGCGGGCUACCCGUCUCAGUUUGUUCCCGGACUGGACCCGACGAAGUCCAGCCUCGGAAGUAUGGCCAUGCCGGGGAAGCAUCCGAGCUCCAGCCCUCUCACCGGCGCCUCCCCUCCCUCGCUGAUGCAGAGUUUAUGCAGGGACCCGUACUGUCUUAGCUACCCCGGUGUGUCCCACCUGGGCGGAAGCAACUGCAACUCCUGCAUCCACGACCCUUCAUCCAGCCUCAAGUCCAGCUUCCCCCUGGUGUAUCCCUCCCACCCGCUGCACUCCCUGCACCAAAGCUCCCUGUCAUCUAACGCCUCCUCCUCCCUCUCCCAUCCCCUCUACACAUAUGGCUUCAUGCUUCCAAACGACCCCAUGCCUCACGCAUGUAACUGGGUCUCGGCCGGGGGGCCCUGCGACAAACGCUUUGCCACGUCGGAGGAGCUCCUGGCCCACCUCCGCACACACACCGCCCUGCCUGUGGGGAUGGACAGUAAGCUGCUCUCUGUUUCCUCCUCUGGACCUGCUUCCUGCCACCUUCACCUCCCGCAGCAGAGCAGUCCAGGCUCCAUGCCCAGCUCCCUCUCUCUCAGGGCUCCUCCCAGUCUGGGCUUAACUCGCUAUCACCCCUACAGUAAAGUCCAUCUGCCCCCUGCUCCCCCCUCCCUCUCUCUGCACUCUCUGCCCACCACAGGCCCCUACUACCCUCACUACGCCCUUUACGGUCAGAGACUCGGAUCUGCGUCCGCGCUGGGAUACCAGUGAUGUCACAUGGACUUAUUUUAAAAAGUUUGACCGUUUGGGAAACCUGCUCUCAGUCUUUCUGGUGGGAAAAACACUGAGAACGCUGCCUCUGCUGCUGUACCAGUGAAGUGAAGGCUAAUGUCAACAGACUGGACACAGUUAGCAGUACUUUGGUACGAGGUAACAAAAUCAGCUCUUGAAAAACUAACAUUAAUUUUCUCAUUCAAUUUUUUUGGAUGAAAAAAACUACAACGUUUCUCAUAUUUAAUGCUGAUAAAAAAUUUUGAAUUGAGAGAUUUUUUACCAUAUACAGAAGAGUGCAAAUGUUUUAGGCAACUGUAUACAUUUAUUAUAUUCUUCUUGAUUUUGCAGAAAUUUUUUUCAAGUAUAAGUAACAAAAUAAUGUAGAGACUAUUUUUUCCCAGCUCUUCUGGGUCAUUUAGGGCCACUUAAUUAUAAUAUUAAGUCAUCAGUCGCUAUUAGUCCUUCCAGCCUGGCUGCACUGCUGAGAGAUCCGCCGCAUCCAUGGCCCACGACCCAGAUGUUUUCUCUGUGGUUAAGAACUUCAGUGUCUCUCUGUUUGAUUAUAGUACUUGUAUACCCCUGUGUACCUAAGUAAGAGGCAAUAUAAAGUACACACUAGCCUAAAACGUUUGCACUGUAAUAUAGAGUUCCACAUUACAAACACUCAUUUUCUCAUCGAUCUCAAAACAAAUAUUUUGAGAUCAAUACGGUUUUUCCCAAGCUUUCACAAGAUUCCAGAAAAAGAAACCAAAAUAAAUCUUAAAAGUACAUUUAUUUUAUUUAUAAACAAAAUACGCAGCACUACAGUAAACUGUCAGCCCAGUCGUCGUACUAAACUGAGCUCAGUUCAGUUUCAUAUCAAUGGAAGAAUCAUAACAGCAGCAGAAACUGUCAGCGUUCUCAUCUUCUUCUCUGCCUCAGAGUAUACUUCCCAGAGAGUCGACAGAUUACUUCAAAGUUAGUACCUAAGUACAGCAGAUGCUGCUGCCUGCAACUUCAGACUGGAUGUAGGAGGAACUGAAGUCGAGAGUUGAAAGUACGAGUCCUGGAUUUUGACUUGAGAACAUCUCCACACUUUCUUUCUUUCUACGCAGAGGUUGUUUUCCCGCCUUCAGACUCCACCCAAAAGUCCAGAGGACACACGUGGCCCCUGCAUGUCUGCACAUCGCUCGGAUACUUUCGCAACAGACGCGACCGCCCCCGUAAAGGUUACGUUCGAAAAAUUAAUGGUUGGACGCUGUGUAAUAGCUGUUGGAAGUUCUGGGGUGGGGGGUUCUCGCUGCAAAUGAUUAUGAUUUAGUGCAGAAAAAUGCAGUUUGGCAGGAGGGUUAGUGUUAACUGAUGUUGACCCGACCUCUGUCUUGUCUCCGUUGGAGGAAACGCAUGGACUGUGCACUCAAACAGAGCACGCUGAGUGUGUGAUCACACAUCAUCCAUUCUGUUUCUUCACUCCUACUGAGAAGUUGUAUUUAUUUAAUAUCGCUUUUUUUUUCCUGAUACGAUAUGUUGAAUAUCUUUCACGUCUUAACAAUUCUUGCAGAUGAAUGUCAGAAUCACAUCUCCCUCUGAACUCCUCCUCCUCUGUUUUUACUUCAUCAUCUUCACGGCAACGAGUCAGUAAAGAAAAGAGAGAGAUGUGAUAUUUUUUUGUAAAAAUUUGGGGGCGCCCUGUGGUGGAAUCUGGUGGGGGGGGGAUGUAUUUUGUUAAAUAAAUCACAAUGAAGAUGUUAAUUUUCCAGUUGUCUUUAUUUUUUUACGUUGCUCUCAGGUUCAUCUGACUUUCGUCUCCCUCUGUGGUGUGAAGCUGAGACGACAUCACAGGACGAUUCACUUUGAU